CAGCAACAAACAAGAAGUACAACUACUUUUGUCAAUUCUUCUGUGUUAGCUCUCUCAGUUUUAUCCUAAGAAGUAUCAAAAUGCAAGCAAUCGUUCGAGGAAUGCGACCUUGCCAGGAAACACUCAAGGGUGCAACCUUGAAGCAUUGCCAAGGGAAGUAUAGUCUUAAGAGGAAUAACAUAAAUCCAGGUUCUUCUCCCAUGGAAGAGAAGGGUUUGGAGAAUGUAACAGUAUCAGAUGUACUGAAGAGCAAGGGUGAAGAAAAAGUUGGGUCUUGGAUCUGGUGCAGAACGCAUGACAUAGUGGAUGAUGCUGCGAAAAAUAUGGCACAACAUAAUAUAGGGUCAUUGGUGGUACUAAAACCAGGAGAGCAACAACAAAUUGCAGGAAUUUUCACAGAAAGAGACUAUCUGAGGAAGAUUAUUGGGCAGGGAAGAUCACCCAAAUACACAAGAGUUGGGGAAAUUAUGACAGAGGAGAAGAAAUUGAUUACACUGCCCUCUGAUGCAAACAUUCUUCAAGCAAUGCAGCUUAUGACAGAUAAUCAGAUACGCCAUCUUCCGGUGAUAGACGGAAGAAUAGUAGGGAUGAUUUCUAUUGUAGAUGUGGUCCGUGCUGUGGUAGAUCAGCAAAGUGGAGAAUUGAAGCGAUUGAAUGAAUUCAUACAAGGAGAAUACUAUUAGAAAUUACAACAAUAUGUUUCAUAUAAUCAUACAAGGAGAGCCGUGGUUUCAAAAUCUGGUCCAAAAACUAGCUUUCUUGUCUCUAUUAUAUAUAGUUAAAAUACUGUUUUUAAAUGUAAGACAUCCAUAUUCAUGAAUAUUGAACAUAGACUGGACAAGAAAAUUCUAAU